CGGGUUGCUUGCUGUGGCCCAAGGUAUCGCGACGUGCAGCCACAAUAUUCAUAGUACCUCAUUUUACGGGGCCUCUGUCUAUACAGUCAUUAACACCCUGUUUUUGCUUGACUUUUCUUUCUUUUUCCUAUACACCGAUUCCCUGUCCUCCAGGACCCCCAACUCGUCGCUGUGGUCCUCGUCAGUGGCACCCCGACAACCCAUUCGGAUCGCGGGACGCGUCAUUAUCCUACGCUCGAUACAUAGAGUUCGAAGAGACUGACACUUGAGGCAAUCGCCGAGGUCGAUUAACUCAAGGCCAAGCCGAAAUCGUCGUCGGCACUUCUGGCGUCAAGCCCACCAGCGUCACUUUCUCUACCUCCGGCCCCGCUCCUGCCACAGCUUCGGGCAAGAAGAAGGCGGCCGCCAAGAUGAUCGUCGAGCGCAAGAUCAAGGUUGUCACCGAGCAACACAAUAUUGAUAAGCCUGCCGUCAAUGAGGGUUUUCCGAUGAAAGAAUGGACUGUCGAAAUCUACAUCCUCGACCAGGAGGGCAAGGAAAAGCCCGCUCGCUGCUUCACCAAGGCGGUGUAUCACCUUCACCCUUCGUUCGCGAACCCGGUUCAGACCUUCCUGGAGCCGCCUUUUAAAUGCACCAACGAGGGCUGGGGCGAGUUUGAGAUGAGCAUCGACCUCUACACCACCGAGAAGGGCGGCAAGCAGACGAUUAUUCACGACCUAAACUUCGCGGCGCCACAAUACGAGAACAUCCACACCUUGACGUUUAAGAACCCGUCUCAGGCCCUACAACAGAUUCUGCGCGAGACGGGCCCGCUACCGUCGGACGAGGAGCGCAAGAUCAAGAAGGCCGACGGCAGCAAGAAGAAGAAGGCGUUCGACAUUGAGAAGAUGGCCGACGGUCUGGUCAAACUCGGCGAGGACGACCUCUUGCAGGUGAUUCAGUUGAUUCACGAUCACAAGGACGAGAGCACCUACAUCCAGAAUAACAUUGACGCGGGCGAGUUCUCGGUCGACCUAUACACGCUGCCGGACCCUCUUCUUAAGAUGCUCUGGGAUCUACUGGUCAAGCAGGGCGUCGUCAACCCCUGAACCAAACGGGCCCUGUGAUUCUGCAUUCAACGGCGUCUGGCGUCUGGGGGGUAAGGGGGAAGGUUGCGGAAAAGCAUCACUCGGUGGAAUGGUCCCGCGUUUCUCGCUCUGGGGUGUCGGUUAGCCGUCGCCCGGUG